AUGCCUCUCCUCAUCUUAAAUAGACCUCGACUCGUCCGCGCCUGUCCCAUCAUCGCAAGCAAUUGGUUGCGCCUCGCGUCCCCCGUCUGCCAUCAACAUCCAGCACCACCACCAUCAACCAACCCCGCCCUCACCUCACCAGUGUCGUCAUCCUCGACUUAUAUUGAUACCCGCCAUCGCCGGCAACUCUCCUCCUUCCCACCUCACCCUUCCGCUCCAACAACCUGCUCAUACUCCCAGACCCAGCCCAACCCAAAACCGCCCAGCAUGGCCCCCGUCCCAGCCACAAUGAAGGCCAUCCAGGUCUCCAAAACCGGCGGCAUCGACGUCCUCGACUACAAAGACGUGCCGGUCCCCACCCCCAAGGAGGGCCAGGUCCUCGUCAAGAACGAGUUCGCAGGCGUCAACUUCAUCGACACCUACUUCCGCAGCGGCCUGUACAAGCUCAACCUCCCCGUCAUCCUCGGCAGCGAGGCCGCCGGCCAAGUCGUCUCGCACCACAAGGACGUCACAUCCUUCCCAGUCGGCACCAGAGUCGUGUACAUGGACUCGCAGGCCUACGCGCAGUACACGGCCGUCCCGGCGUCCAAGCUCAUCGCCAUCCCGGCCGGCCUGACGACGGAGCAGGCCGCCGCCGCCUUCCUGCAGGGCCUCACGGCGUGGACCUUCAUCCGCGAGGCCGGCAACGUCCAGCCCGGCCAGUGGGCGCUUGUGCACGCCGCCGCCGGCGGUGUCGGCCAGCUGCUCGUCCAGAUGCUCAGGAGCCUCGGGGCAAAGGUGAUUGGCACGGCCAGCACGCAGGAAAAGUGCGACCUGGCCAAGAAGCUCGGCGCCGAGUGGACGGUGAGCUCUAGGGACGACGUGGUGGCGAGGGUGAAUGAGAUUACGGGCGGGCACGGCGUGGAUGCCAUCUUUGACGGCGUGGGCAAGGCCACGUUUGACGCUGACUUGCAAAUGAUUGCUUUGAAGGGGCAUCUGGUGUCUUUUGGCAAUGCUUCUGGUCCGGUUCCUGAUUUCAGCAUCCUUCGCCUCUCAGACAAAAAUGUCACGCUUCUGCGACCAAAGGUUCACGGCUAUGUUUCCGAGAGGAAGGAUCUGGAAAAGUACUCUGCCGAGCUAUUUGACAAGAUCAUCUCCGGCCAGGUCAAGAUUGCCAUCCAUGACAUUUAUCCCCUGAAGGAAGUUGGGCGGGCUCACUCUGAUCUUGAGAGCCGCAAGACCAAGGGCAAGCUUCUUCUUAGUGUCGAGUAA